AGCCUACUUGUUUUAUGACGUAACGUUAUAGGGCCAAUCCCUUGCCUUUGCUUUUGUUGUGGGCGGGACAAACAGUGUGAGCCCAGAAAUCGAAGCCAAAUAGAGUAAACAACAAAGUUAGCUGAUCUGCUAGCUUUUAUUUACUGAAAUGGCAUCAGCGGCGACAUGUCCAGGCUCAACACCUCCAGAGUCUAUAGUACCAGCUUGUAUGUUCGCACCAGACCGGGGAUGUGCUGAUGAUCCGUCGUGUGGAGAAGACUUUGAGGACGGCGAAGGGACAAAUGGGCAGUCUGUGGAUUACCUAGACUUGAGCAAAAAGUUGGUUCUUGUGAGCCCAACAGGAGAACAGUACGAUUCAUUACUGCGGCAGCUAAGAGAGCGGAUAGAAGAGGGAUGUGGAGAGACGAUCUACGUGGUCGGGAUGGGCUCAGAUGGAGGCGAUUACGGUCUGGAUGAGAAGGACAUGGAGGCGUCGGUGGCCACGGUGCGGUCGCUGUGUGAGCAGAUCGAGGCUGACCUAAUCCUGCUGAGGGAAAGGACGGAGAGCGGUGGGAAGAUUCGAGACUACCUCAUCCGCCGGCGAGUCGGGGAGCAGGAUUUCCUGGAAGUGAGAGUUGCAGUUGUUGGCAAUGUGGAUGCUGGGAAGAGCACCCUGCUCGGUGUGUUGACCCAUGGCGAGCUGGACAACGGCCGAGGCUUCGCCCGCCAGAAGCUCUUCAGGCACAAGCACGAAAUGGAGAGCGGCAGGACCAGCAGCGUGGGGAACGACAUCCUGGGCUUCGACCAGGAGGGUCAGGUGGUCAACAAGCCAGACAGCCACGGCGGAGGCUUGGACUGGACCAAGAUCUGCGAGAAAUCCUCAAAGGUCAUCACCUUUAUCGACCUGGCCGGCCAUGAGAAGUACUUGAAAACCACCGUGUUUGGGAUGACGGGCCACCUGCCUGACUUCUGCAUGCUUAUGGUGGGCAGUAACGCCGGCAUAGUUGGCAUGACGAAGGAGCAUCUUGGCCUGGCGUUGGCCCUGAAUGUGCCGGUGUUUGUAGUUGUUACAAAGAUAGAUAUGUGUCCAGCUAACAUCUUGCAAGAGACACUAAAAUUACUACAAAGAUUAUUAAAGUCCCCUGGCUGCAGGAAAAUACCGGUUCUGGUCCAGAACAAGGACGACGUCGUCGUCACCGCCUCCAACUUUAGUUCAGAGAGGAUGUGUCCCAUUUUCCAAAUCUCCAACGUGACGGGGGAGAACAUGGACCUGCUGAAGAUGUUCCUGAACCUGCUCUCCCCGCGGACCACGUUCAACAACGACGAGCCCGCAGAGUUCCAAAUUGACGACACAUAUUCUGUACCGGGUGUGGGAACAGUGGUUUCUGGUACUACGCUGCGCGGAUUGAUACGACUCAAUGACACGUUACUCUUAGGCCCAGACCCGCUCGGUACCUUCAUCCCCAUCACAGUGAAGUCCAUCCACCGCAAAAGGAUGCCCGUCAGGGAGGUCCACGGUGGACAGACUGCAUCCUUCGCUCUGAAGAAGAUUAAGAGGUCGUCAAUUAGGAAAGGAAUGGUGAUGGUCUCUCCAAAGUUAAUGCCUCAGGCUACCUGGGAGUUUGAGGCUGAGAUCUUGGUGCUUCACCAUCCAACCACAAUAUCUCCAAGGUACCAGGCCAUGGUCCACUGUGGCAGCAUCAGACAGACCGCCACUAUCCUGACCAUGAAUAAAGACUGCCUAAGGACAGGGGACAAGGCUUCAGUCCAUUUUCGCUUCAUUAAGACACCCGAGUAUCUGCACUGUGAUCAGAAGCUCGUGUUCAGGGAAGGUCGCACCAAAGCCGUUGGCACCAUCACCAAGCUCCUCCAGUCGGUGAGCACACAAGCUGCCAAAGCCCAGCAGGCCAAGUCUCAGAUCAGUAGGAAGUCUUCUAGAGAGGGAAUGACAGGGAGUGAAGACACGGGGUCAACAGCACGACCGCUUAGUCCAACUAUGGCAUCGACAGUGGCAGAGGAAGAUGCUCUAUGUAAAGAUGACAACAAAGAAAACAAGCUGAAAUCGGGAGGCGGAGGACGUCGGCGAGGGGGUCAGAGACAUCGAGGGAAAGGUCAAAAUACCGCAACCAUGUCUUCAGCAAUGCCCACAGGAGCAGCAGGCUCUUCCUAAAGGCUGAAGAUUUCCUGCCUCAUCAUCCGGUUCUCUUAAAAACAUUGGCUCCCUAUCUGUUGUUUCUACAGUAGAAGGUGUAAUUCUCAAUAGGCUGUGGAAGGUGGUUUGGAUUUGUGCAUUGCAACGUUUGCCAUAUUUGUAGUUUGUCAGAACUUCCACUAGAGGCAUCGUCUUUUUUUUUUGCCCAGCCUCCAGUCUGCAAAACUUUUCUUUUCUAUUACUGUAAGCUGCCCUUAUUGCUCCUUUUGGAUGGAACAAAUGUAGAAUCAAACAAGUAAAUUUGGGCAGGCACAACAUU